AUGACCAACACUCGUGCCGCAGACCCUCGUAUCGCAAUCUCACAACAUAUUAUCGAACAAGGUAUCCUUGCGGAUACACACGACACCUGCAAUGAUUGCUUGGCGGCACUACGACACAAUGGUACAAUCCGUGAAGCUCAACCAUGCUAUUAUAUGUUGGAUGGUGUACUUGGUAAAUGUGCAAGAUGUACUCGACACGGUCGCACCUGUUACGUACACAAUCACAAUGACAAAACUGAUGGCCUACGUACUCGGCCUGUGAAGAACAUCUUUGCUGUAUAUCGUAGUGACGAGGAACUUGCAACCGCACGAUCUCGACUCGAAGCGUAUAACAUCAAGCACGAUAUCAAGCGUAACACCGUACAAACUACGCCUGCAAUCCCUACAAUCCCUACCUUCUCGAUUGUUCCUGCGACCGUCGCUUCUACACCCACGACGAUCCCUACGCCCGCAACGAUCCCUACAAUUGCAACAUCUACGAUCAAAGAGCUACGUAUUGCAUGUCAGAAGCUUGCGGAUGUACGUGAAGUCGUCACCAAUUCUGAAGAAGUACCUCUCUCAUUUGCUGCACAACUUGCAGAAUUCGAACUCAAACUCGAAUCAUACGCUUUCUCUUCCCGUGAUCUUACCCGAUCGCACAAUCCUGUUGAAGUCGUAUCGUCAAACAUUGCUCCUGUCAACUCGUGA